GACUAGGCAAUGUGCAGUAGCGGAAAAUGACGGCGCUUCAGACUGCCAUCGGCAAAAUACAAGUAAUUCUAGCAUUCAUCGCUAGCGCGCUAUCCGUCCUGCUGCAGCUGGACUAGGGCGCGUGCAGAUAGCCGUGAAAAGCCUCCGAAAACGGCCAAAGCGCGCGCCCAGCACGUUCGAGGAACAACUCCGAGGAGAUUGCAGAGGCGUGCAGCGGACGAGUCGCGGAUGACUUGGCCAUGCCGGGGAAGAAAGGCUGCGUUGUUAGUUGCAGGCAUGUCCUCUGGGAGAACUCUGCAAGGCAGGUCAGUAGGAGAGAGCUGCUGUCGUUGCGGGUGGCAGAAAGAAGGCACUCGCGAGUAGCGAUAUUUGUUCUGCCUGGACUUCGCCGCAAUGGAGAGCCACACGCUCCUGGCUGUGCUUUUCAUAGUUCUGCAGGCUGUGACAUUGGCUAGUUGUUUGCGGUGCCAGUGUAAUGAAGCCUUUGAUUCCUGUGUUCACAACGUGGAGGAGUGUGACCAGCCAUCAGUGGGAUUUGUGUCUGUAUGCUACUCUCUUGCCACGAAAACGCUUGUGAAUGUGUCCGGCCAGUCUGGAUCAUCAUCUAUGCUGGAGUGGAGAUGGUUGGUGCGGUACGGAUGCGCGUCCAAGGGUGCGUCGGGCUCCGGCAGAAGCCAUUUGAGUUCGAAUGUUCAGUGCACGUUCCAUAAACCUGGCAGUGACGGCGACGGGGGCGUCGUUGGAAGCUGCUGCGAAACAGACUUCUGUAACAACCAGCUGAAAUUUAUGGCUCAGUUGCCCAGUCUUCCAAGACCUGUCGUCACCGCAGCACCUCAGACCCAGGAUUACACUGAGCCAUCGGAGCUGGAGCUAUCCAGUAGUAAUGACACCAUUGUGGUCGCUGUGGCCGUACUAGGCUCUCUAGUUGUCGUGGGUGGAAUAUGUGCUAUCUUGCUGGCGCGGCAUCGGUCAAAGAGGCCCAGCAAGAAACCGACGCUGCUGCCGACCUACAAGAAGCCAUGCCAUCCGACAACAAUGGCCACCAAGCCAGACGUGUUUGUCACCGAAGUUCAAAUGGACUCCGGGGUCAGUCUUGGAGAGUCCAGUGGCCGUGGUGUGUUUCAGCUGGAGCAGCGCACGGUGUCCCGAGAGAUAACCCUCAUUUCUAGAAUUGGCAACGGCAGGUUUGGUGAGGUGUACCGAGGCGAGUGGCGUGGCAAUGACGUGGCUGUCAAGAUCUUCAAGACCAUGGACGAAGACUCUUUCUUCCGUGAGGUGGAGUUGUUCAACACAAACAUGCUCCGCCACGAAAACAUCGUCGGCUUUCAGGCCGCCGACAACUUGGACUGCAGCAUGGAAACGCAGCUGUGGAUGGUUCUGGACUACCACAGCAGCGGAUCUCUGUUCGACUACCUGCGGCAUCACACUGCCGGCUCACCUCACCCGCACUCCAGCCUCAACAUCUGGGAGGCGCUGCGUCUUGCCUCGUCCGCUGCAUCUGGUUUGGCGCAUCUUCACUUACACAUCGGCGGCUCGAAUAGCUUUCAGAUGUUUGGGCACAAGCCGAGCAUUGCGCACCGUGACCUCAAGUCCAAGAACAUCCUCGUAAAGUCCACCGGCGUGUGCUGCAUUGCAGAUCUUGGCAUGGCUGUGCGCGAGGGUCCGGAGUGGGAUGAUCUGAAAUGCAUCACCCACGCCAACCUGCGGACUGGCACACGGCGUUACAUGGCACCCGAGGUACUGGACGGUACGAUUGACAUCGGUGCAUUCCACUCGUUUCGGCAGGUUGACGUCUACUCGCUGGCCAUUGUGCUCUGGGAAAUUCUGUCCAGUUGCCAUCUAGCUGGAGGCAAGGAACCUUGCUACCAGUUACCAUACGAGAGCCUGGUCCCUGGCGAUCCAUCCGUGGACGACAUGUUCAAGGUCGUGUGCAAUGCUGGCCUGCGUCCUACUAUCCCAGAACAGUGGAAAACAUACGAGGAGUUGAGAGAGAUCAGUACUAUAUUGAAGAGUUGCUGGAGAGCAAAGCCGUCCAGUCGCCUCCCCGCGCAGAACGUGGCAAAGAAGCUGGGCACCCUGCUGCAGACGGCCGCCACAAAGUGUGUCAACGUGCCCACCGUAAAUUCGAAGAAGAUGGAGUACGCCAUAAGUCCUAUCCAUAAACCAGAUGCAUAAUGAGUCCGAACAACCCUAUAAUAAAAUAAUCUACGGGCAUAUAACCAAUGUAUGUACGUCUUAGUUUAUACUGAAAUUUCAAGUCAUAUCGCACAAUUGAGUUGCUGAUCAGCCUCAAUGAGAUUAUAGUAUAACUUUAUCUGCCGAACUAUUGAACACUUCAGUCUGUAUCUAACCAUAACCUUUAAUAUCUCAAGUAACUUAGUGGGCAGGUUCAACGCUCAACUCUGUGCUAUAAAAUGAUUAUUAAUUUAAGGUAUGUGUGUGUUUGUGUGUGUUGCGCUCAUCACUUGAUCUUGAGGAACUCUGAAGUGAGUUCUAAAUUUAUUGGACUGAGCCGGAGCAGCCCACAACGCUUACGCGUACUUCUCCACAGCGUACCAAUCCCAUAAUAGUAUGAUGAUACAUAGUUUUAACAUAGGUGAAUCCUUGCCACACGCCCGGCUAUAAUACUUGGAAUAGCUUCCUCCUUUACCAGUGUCACAAUACCUUUGGUAGAUGUAUAAUUAUAGUACUGGGCUGAGUCACUUGUAUACGUGUCAGCCGUAAUCGAUCAGCAGCAAUAAGCCACUUACAUCAAGUACUCCCAUAACUUGCAGUUCAGUAUGACUCUGUUCAAGCCACUGCCAUAAUAAAGUAUCACCCUAGCCACUCCA